AUGCAUCGGGAUAGGGCUGUUGGGUUGAAGGAGAUGUCGAGUGCUGGCCAGGUGGAUGGAGAAGAGCGGAUCGGACUGUUGAGAGGUGGCGAGGAUGAAGAAGAAGAAGAGGAAGAAGAAGAAGAAGAAGAAGAAGAAUUCUUUGCAGAAAAGUCGCCAAGGUUGGAUGGGCGCCAGUAUUGGGUCAAAAGGGCUGCUGUUGCGUUGUUGUCAAUCUGCACCCUCAUCCUGAUAACACACUGGUUUCAAAGUCUACAGAAGCAUGAAACGCCGCCUCCCGCUGAGCAGGCCACACUGCGAGCAGAAGACGACUACAUUCUGGACCCGCGCUGGGACUACGCUUCCGCACCCACGACCAGAGAAUACUCCUGGGUCAUCGCAGACCACGCACUGAAUCCAGACGGCGUGUUCCGACCGAUGGUGCUCAUCAACUCGACGUUCCCUGGCCCUCUGAUUGAAGCCAACGAAAACGAUGAGAUCGUCGUUCACGUGCACAAUCAAGCCACCAACGCGACAUCUAUCCACUGGCAUGGGCUUUAUCAAAACGGCACGGCACAUAUGGAUGGCACAGUGGGUGUUACCAACUGCCCCAUUGCGCCCGGCCAUACGUUCACCUACCGUUUCAACGUCACAGGUCAGACAGGAACGUACUGGUACCACAGCCACGUGUCUAUGCAAGCCUCCGAUGGUCUCGUUGGGCCGCUUGUCAUACACAAUCGGCAGGAGAAAGAGCUGCAGAAACUGGCAUACAAGCAAGACCGCGUCGUCCUGCUAUCAGAUCACUACUACGAUCCCUCGUCCCAACUUUCAAUGCAAUACCUCGCCCCUGGCUCUGAGAACGACGAACCUGUCCCUCCGUCCGCUCUCAUCAACGGACGGAACGUACGCAACUGCACGUCCCUUCCCGAUCGGAACUGCUCUUCUACGGGGCUUGAUAAUGCUCUUUUCGACCUGUCGUCCAACGAGAGCACGCGUCUACGCAUCAUCAACGUUGCCGCCUUCGCCGAGUUCUCGCUGCAGAUCGACGAGCAUGAGUUCAGCGUCACGGAGGUGGAUGGCACUGACGUCCAUCCGCAGUCUAUCCACCGACUCAACAUCAACCCCGCGCAAAGAUACAGCAUCGUGCUUUCGCCACCUGCAGCGCCGAAAGAGGGUGGGUAUUGGAUGCGAGCGAGAAUGGUGACGCACUGUUUUGCGUACGAGAACCCGGAGCUGGAAGAGGAGGUCUGGGGUAUCGUCCGUUUCCACUACGAGGAAAAGAGGGAAGAAACGGGUGUUGACCUGCUGAGGCCUAACAGCAAGGACUGGCCCGAAAUCAUCGAAGUCGAAUGUCGCGACCUCAACACGACGGCUCUCGAACCCGUACAAGUUGUGCGGGCACCAGACAAAGCCGAUGACUUUAUCUACCUGCGCUCGAGUUUCCAGAUCGGCAACUGGAGACUCAGCCGGGGCUACCUGAACGAGAGCUCCUGGAGAGGCGACGUGAAAAAGCCCGUGCUGCACACUCUCCUCGACAGCAGCACAGCCCGCGACUCCCUCACCUCAGACGGGGGCUUCUUCGACACGACCAAUUUCCCCCGCACUCAGCAAAUGGUCUUCACAACGAGGGGCGUCCGAACCAUCGACCUCCUCAUCCAGAACCUCGACGACGGAACCCACCCCUUCCACCUGCACGGCUACAAGUUCUGGGUCCUCCGCCACGGAAAGGGAUACGCGCCGCAACCUCACUCCACACCCUCCCUGUACGACGGUGUCCAUCUCGAAAACCCACUGCGGAGAGACACGGCAAGCAUCGAAGCCUACGGAUGGGUCCUCUUGCGCUUCGUGGCUGACAAUCCCGGCGCGUGGGCGUUCCAUUGCCACAUCGGGUGGCAUAACGAGGCGGGCCUGGGAAUGGUGUUUGCUACUAGGGCGGACGAGAUACGGGAUGUUCCGGGCGAAGUUAGGGAUGUUUGUAAGGUUGAGGGGGUCGAGAAGGGGCAGGGGCCGCAAGAUGCGGUUUGGGACGGCGUUUGGGAUGCACGGUCGGCUUGA